CUGGAGCUAGCCCCGGACGGGGAUGGUCAGCGGCUGCGGCCGUCUGGCACGCGAGCGGGACACGGCGAGGGCACCAUGGCGCUAACGCCCCAGCGCGGGUCGUCCUCGGGGUUGAGCCGACCGGAGCUGUGGCUGCUGCUGUGGGCAGCCGCGUGGCGCCUGGGGGCCACGGCGUGCCCCGCCCUCUGCACCUGCACCGGCACCACGGUGGACUGCCACGGCACGGGUUUGCAGGCCAUCCCCAAGAACAUCCCACGGAACACCGAGCGCCUGGAGCUCAACGGCAACAACAUCACUCGGAUCCACAAGAAUGACUUUUCUGGGCUCAAGCAGCUGCGAGUGCUGCAGCUGAUGGAGAACCAGAUUGGAGCUGUGGAACGAGGAGCUUUUGAUGACAUGAAGGAGCUGGAGCGGCUACGACUGAACCGCAACCAGCUGCAAGUGUUGCCUGAACUACUGUUCCAGAACAACCAGGCUCUAUCCAGACUGGACCUGAGUGAGAAUUCUCUCCAGGCUGUGCCCAGGAAGGCUUUCCGGGGAGCCACAGACCUCAAAAAUCUACAGCUGGACAAGAACCAGAUCAGCUGCAUCGAAGAAGGGGCCUUCCGUGCCCUCCGAGGGCUCGAGGUUCUGACCCUGAACAACAACAACAUCACCACCAUUCCCGUGUCCAGUUUCAACCAUAUGCCCAAGCUUCGGACCUUCCGACUGCACUCCAACCACCUGUUCUGUGACUGUCACCUGGCCUGGCUCUCGCAGUGGCUGAGACAGAGACCCACCAUCGGGCUCUUCACCCAGUGCUCCGGGCCCGCCAGCCUUCGGGGCCUCAAUGUGGCAGAGGUGCAAAAGAGCGAGUUCAGCUGCUCAGGCCAGGGGGAGGCUGCGCGAGCACCUGCCUGCACCCUCUCUUCCGGUUCCUGCCCAGCCAUGUGUAGCUGUAGCAGUGGCAUCGUGGACUGCCGCGGCAAAGGCCUCACUGCCAUCCCCGCUAACCUUCCUGAGACCAUGACGGAGAUCCGCCUGGAGCUGAAUGGUAUCAAAUCCAUCCCACCAGGAGCCUUCUCUCCCUACAGAAAGCUGCGCAGGAUAGACCUGAGCAACAACCAGAUUGCAGAGAUCGCACCUGACGCCUUCCAAGGCCUGCGCUCCUUGAAUUCCCUGGUCCUCUAUGGUAACAAGAUUACAGACCUGCCCCGGGGUGUAUUUGGAGGCCUGUACACACUCCAGCUGCUGCUUCUGAAUGCCAACAAGAUCAACUGCAUCCGGCCCGAUGCCUUCCAGGACCUGCAAAACCUCUCCCUGCUCUCCCUGUAUGACAACAAGAUCCAGAGUCUCGCCAAGGGCACCUUCACCUCCCUGCGGGCCAUCCAGACACUGCAUCUGGCCCAGAACCCUUUCAUCUGUGACUGUAACCUCAAGUGGCUGGCGGACUUCUUACGUACCAACCCCAUCGAGACAACUGGGGCCCGCUGUGCCAGCCCCCGGCGCCUUGCCAACAAGCGUAUCGGGCAGAUCAAAAGCAAGAAGUUCCGGUGCUCCGCCAAAGAGCAGUACUUCAUUCCAGGGACAGAGGAUUACCACCUGAACAGCGAGUGUACCAGUGACGUGGCCUGCCCCCACAAGUGCCGGUGUGAGGCCGGUGUGGUGGAGUGCUCAGGCCUGAAGCUCUCUAAGAUCCCUGAGAGAAUCCCCCAGUCCACGACUGAGCUACGACUGAACAACAAUGAGAUUUCUAUCCUAGAGGCCACUGGGUUGUUUAAGAAACUCUCACAUCUGAAGAAAAUAAACCUGAGCAAUAACAAGGUGUCCGAGAUCGAAGACGGGACGUUUGAAGGUGCCGCCUCUGUCAGCGAGCUGCACCUGACGGCCAACCAGCUGGAGUCCAUCAGAAGUGGCAUGUUCCGGGGUCUAGAUGGCUUACGAACCCUGAUGCUGAGGAACAACCGGAUCAGCUGCAUCCACAAUGACAGCUUCACCGGGCUGCGCAAUGUGCGGCUCCUGUCUCUUUAUGACAACCACAUCACCACCAUCUCCCCUGGAGCCUUUGACACUCUCCAGGCCCUGUCCACACUGAACCUCCUGGCCAACCCAUUCAACUGCAACUGCCAUCUGUCAUGGCUGGGUGACUGGCUUCGGAAGAGGAAGAUCGUGACAGGGAACCCUCGCUGUCAGAACCCAGACUUCCUGCGGCAGAUUCCUCUGCAAGAUGUGGCCUUCCCUGACUUCAGGUGUGAGGAAGGCCAGGAGGACGUGGGCUGCUUGCCCCGCCCACAGUGCCCCCAGGAGUGCGCCUGCCUGGACACCGUGGUCCGCUGCAGCAACAAGCACCUCCAGGCUCUGCCCAAGGGCAUCCCCAAGAACGUCACAGAACUCUAUUUGGAUGGGAACCAGUUCACAUUGGUUCCAGGACAGCUGUCUACCUUCAAGUAUCUGCAACUUGUGGACUUGAGCAACAACAAGAUCAGUUCCUUAAGCAAUUCUUCCUUCACCAACAUGAGCCAGCUGACCACACUGAUCCUCAGUUACAACGCCCUGCAGUGCAUCCCUCCUCUGGCCUUCCAAGGACUUCGUUCGCUGCGCCUGCUGUCUUUGCACGGCAAUGAUGUCUCCACCCUCCAAGAGGGCAUCUUCGCAGACGUGACAUCUCUGUCUCACCUGGCCAUUGGUGCCAACCCCCUGUACUGCGACUGCCACCUCCGAUGGCUCUCCAGCUGGGUGAAGACUGGCUACAAGGAACCUGGCAUUGCCCGAUGUGCUGGACCCCCAGAGAUGGAGGGCAAACUGUUGCUCACCACACCUGCCAAGAAGUUUGAAUGCCAAGGUCCCCCCAGUCUGGCAGUUCAGGCCAAGUGUGAUCCCUGCUUGUCCAGCCCAUGCCUGAAUCAGGGCACCUGCCACAAUGACCCACUUGAGGUAUACAGGUGUACCUGCCCCAGUGGCUACAAGGGCCGAAGCUGUGAGGUGUCUCUGGAUGGCUGUUCCAGCAACCCAUGUGGAAAUGGGGGGACCUGCCAUGCCCAGGAGGGCGAGGAUGCAGGCUUCACGUGCUCCUGUCCCUCCGGCUUUGAGGGGCCCACCUGUGGGGUAAACACAGAUGACUGUGUAAAGCACGCCUGUGUCAAUGGAGGUGUCUGUGUGGAUGGCAUGGGGAAUUACACAUGUCGGUGCCCCCUGCAGUACACAGGAAGGGCCUGUGAGCAGCUGGUGGACUUCUGCUCCCCGGAUCUGAACCCGUGUCAGCAUGAGGCCCAAUGUGUUGGCACCCCGGAUGGGCCCAGGUGUGAGUGUAUGCCAGGUUACAUAGGUGACAACUGCAGUGAAAAUCAGGAUGACUGCAAGGACCACCAGUGUCAGAAUGGAGCCCAGUGUGUGGAUGAAGUCAACAGCUAUGCCUGCCUCUGUGCUGGGGGCUACAGCGGACAGCUCUGUGAGAUCCCACCUGCCCCCAGGAGCUCCUGUGAGGGGACAGAGUGCCAGAAUGGAGCCAACUGCGUAGACCAGGGCAACCGGCCCGUAUGCCAGUGCCUGCCAGGCUUUGGUGGCCCUGAAUGUGAGAAAUUGCUCAGUGUCAACUUUGUGGACCGGGACACUUAUCUGCAGUUCACUGACCUGCAGAACUGGCCUCGGGCCAACAUCACUCUUCAGGUCUCUACAGCAGAGGACAAUGGGAUUCUCCUCUACAAUGGGGAUAAUGACCACAUUGCAGUUGAGCUGUACCAGGGCCAUGUUCGUGUUAGCUAUGACCCAGGCAGCUACCCCAGCUCUGCUAUCUACAGUGCUGAAACGAUCAACGAUGGGCAGUUCCACACUGUUGAGCUGGUCACCUUUGACCAGAUGGUUAACCUCUCGAUCGAUGGCGGCAGCCCCAUGACCAUGGACAACUUUGGCAAGCACUACACGCUCAACAGCGAGGCCCCCCUCUAUGUGGGAGGGAUGCCCGUGGAUGUGAACUCAGCUGCCUUCCGCCUGUGGCAGAUCCUCAAUGGCACCAGCUUCCAUGGUUGCAUCCGGAACCUAUACAUCAACAACGAACUGCAGGAUUUCACCAAGACACAGAUGAAGCCAGGCGUGGUGCCAGGCUGUGAGCCUUGCCGCAAGCUCUACUGUCUACAUGGCAUCUGUCAGCCCAAUGCCACCCCAGGGCCUGUGUGCCACUGUGAGGCUGGCUGGGGGGGCCUGCACUGUGACCAGCCAGUGGAUGGCCCCUGCCAUGGCCACAAGUGUGUCCAUGGGAAAUGCGUGCCCCUCGAUGCUCUUGCCUACAGCUGCCAGUGCCAGGAUGGUUACUCGGGGGCUCUGUGCAACCAGGUCGGGGCUGUGGCAGAGCCCUGUGGGGGCUUGCAGUGCCUGCAUGGUCACUGCCAGGCCUCGGCCACCAAAGGGGCACACUGUGUGUGCAGCCCAGGCUUUUCAGGCGAGCUGUGUGAGCAAGAGUCCGAGUGCCGGGGGGACCCUGUCCGGGACUUUCACCGGGUCCAGAGGGGCUAUGCCAUCUGCCAGACCACGCGCCCGCUGUCGUGGGUGGAAUGCCGGGGCGCGUGCCCAGGCCAGGGGUGCUGCCAGGGCCUGCGGCUGAAGCGGAGGAAGCUCACCUUCGAGUGCAGCGAUGGGACCUCGUUUGCCGAGGAGGUGGAGAAGCCCACCAAGUGCGGCUGCACCCCCUGCGCAUAAUGUGCGGGUGGCAUACUAGCUGGGCUGGGCGUCACCAGGAUAGCGCCUGGGUCCCAGUGGACACGGGGACACUGAGCUGCCUUUCCAGCAAACUGCACUGCCAGGGCAGAGGAGCAAGGCCUGGGCUGCCGUGCCCUCUCUCAAAGUGCCUUGCACAGAUAGGCGCUUAAUAAAUAUUUGUUGGAUGAAUGUGUGUGUGUGAGGUCAGGCCACAAACGGUGGCAGGAUGGUGGCACUCCUCUGCCUGCUAUCUGGGACUGAAAAGGGGGCUAAACCCUGUCUCCACUUGCUUCUCCUUUGGCCUGUGACUCUGGCUGGCCUGAAACAGUUUAUGUCCCAGUAGUCUCUGGCUCCUCCAAGGACAACCACAUCCAGGAGGUGUUAGCCUGGCUUUUGCAGCCAUGUCUACUGGCACCAGGCCACUCUCCAGGGUAAGACCUCCUUCUUCAAGUCAGGUGGCCCAUUGCCCCCACAGCUUGUGAAAGAAGCAGGGGGUGGGGUGGGGUUUGCAUAGGGCCAGGCCUCUGAAGCCUGAAGUGUGGGAUGACUGUAGCUCCUAUGGGGGUGGGGGUUCUUGUGCUUGGGGUGGCAGGCCCCACCAAAGAGGGCAGAGGUUCUUGGAUCCCACUGAAUAGAUACCACUGGCCACAGAGGGGACAUUAGACCCAGGUUUCUCAGCCAGAAGUUGCUGGUGCCUCUGGCAGUGAGGAGAUGGGGUAUGAGGGGGAGCUGGGCAAUGCCAGGGCCUAACUGUCCUGAGGCCAUAGGCUAUGGGAAGAGACCAGAUGAGACAGAUGCUGAGUCCCUCCCUGCCUAUGGUUCUGCUCAUUUCAGGCCUUAGGUCUGCAGCUGUGAAACUGGGAGGUAGAUAGGAACCACGCAGAUACAGCCACUAUGGUUUCAGGAGGGGAGGCCCGAGGCGUUAGGAGAUCCGUUUCCCUUCACAUCAUUAGCAGGUAUUUAGGUACCUAACCUGGAGUGGGUUCUGUGGGCAUGCAGCCCGGAUGUGAACUAAUUGCUGAGCGCCAUAGAGUACCCAGGAUAGCCCAGGCCUCAGCAACUCACUCUGGGGGUUUGUAGUAAAGGCUGAAGCCACCAGAGGCAUGGAUGCCUGAUACAAAAGCUUCUCUUCCAUGGAGGGCAAAGAAUAGAAAGGCGAGGUUUGGGUCUAAUUGAGCUGCUGAAGGAGGGUCAUACCUUCUCACUUCUCCCCGCGAGGCUGUAACCCUGGUCUGGGCGUGUGGGUAGAGUGGAGGUGUCUUUAUGGGCCGUAGGUGUGAGCAUGUCCCCCAUUUAAGGCUGCUUCCAUCUGAGAGUGUCAUGUACAGAGGUGGCCUUAUACCUGACACUGCCUAUGUGGUGCCGGUGAAGGUAUAAGCCUCCUGUGACCUGAGAACUUGGCAUUUCCUAUCACAAUGGUUCUCAGGCCAGGGAGACUCUGGGAUGGAAAGAAAGCCCAGCGCUGACCAACUGGUUAAUUGUCAUGACUAGGUAUACUCUUUGCCAGGGGCCAGGACUCCAUUUUCUUAUGGGCCUGAGCUAGGGCCACAGUGCACAGACCCACAGCUCUCUAAGAGGACAGAGGCCCAAACCUCUAAGGCCUUAAACAACUCUGCAGAGCAUCUUUCUCUUACUCCAAGCUUCCAGGUCACUGUGGUACCCUGGCAGUGGCUGUACCAGGCUGCGGAGGGCAGAAAAGCUUAGACAAGUAGCAUGAUGCCCCUUUCUAGAAAUAAAGGUGUUCUGGCCUCCUUAGCUCUGCGCAAGUUUCCUUCCCCAGACACCAUCACUCCCUAUUGGCCAGGAGAAGCUAAUCCCUGGGCUUGAGAGGCAUGGACUGGCAAGUGAUGCCACCUUUCCCACAAGGCCUUGGGAUGGGAGGUGAGAGGCUGAUUCGAUGGUUCCCAGAGAGCCACGAGCCCCAGGCUCAACUUUACCUUUGACUUAGUCAGUACCUUGCGAGCCAAGGGCCUGGUCUAUGGCUCCCAUCACCUGCCCACACUCAGACUUGUAAGGUCAGGUAAGAGGAUGACUAUGAGACCAGCCCUUUGAGAAGUCAUCUCCACAUUGUGUUCCCCCUUGGUAAAGAUGUUCAGUUUGCUUUGUGGUCAUCACUGGCUAUUUCCAUUAGAUAAUGCUCAGCAGAGACCCAGCAGGGCAAGUCCUCAAGGAACUGGUACGUGGGCAGCCCUGCUCGGGGCCCUGGGAAGAUGGUGAGAAAUGGAAAAGGUCACCUUUGUUUCCUCUGCCUGCUGUUAGCCUAACCGUGAAAGUAUCUCUUUAUACAGAAUACUUACAGAUUCUAAUAUAUAUUUGUAUUUCAUUUUGUUAUAGUAUUUUUAUAUGUUAAAGUCAACCUCCGGUGUCUUGUUUUGAUUUUCAGAUGCUAUGUGGUUGUGUCCUUUUGUUUGGGGUUUCUGUAGUCUUGUUUGGGUCAACACUUAGAAACUGGCUUCAAACAGUCCCUGAGGGAGCCGCACCUGUCCUUUCCCCAGAAGUAUUGUUUUAGAAUAUGUCAGUAUUGUCUGCUGUCUUCCAUGUAAACAUGACAUUGAUUCAUGGACUUUC